AUUUCAGUCGACAAAAACUAUUUAGUCUUGAUUCUGUGCUUCUUAUAAUAACUUUUAUGUAAGAUUAUACAUUUUUUUUUCGAAUAAUGCCAUCCCGUAGCCUUCCAACUACACAAACUGAUCCGCUUUUGCCACGCAGCUCAAAUAGAUCACGAUCAACUAGUUCCCAUCACAGCUGCAAAACUAUCGUUAAGAUACUUUUUAUAUUUAUUGGAAUAUUGAUGAUAUCAGCACCAAUUGCUUAUGGUUUGACUAUAAUGACUGGUAAUUACGAUGAUAGCAAGCCUUAUUCGUUUACAUAUUUUAUUACAAAUGUAUUUAAUACCUUCAUCAGCAUUGUGCCGGUAUCUAUUUCAUCAGUAGCUUCAAAGCAAUCACCACCCACAACAAAAACUGAAUUUCCAAUACCUUCAAGUUCUAAUUUUUCCACAGAAACUGAAUUCAACAGCCCGAUUAAAAGAACCGAAACAUUUAAUGAAGAAGAAUCAAAUGCCACCAAUGAAACUUUUUUAUCCAAAGAACCUAUAUCCACGUUUUCAACAACUAUAACAGCAUUGCCAGUUUCCGGAGAAAGACCCAUAUCUACGAUUAUUGUCAAUCAUGGAGAGAAUCAUGAAAAUCCACCUCUCGCUCAAGUUGCCACGUGUCCAGAUGAUUGGAUGACUUAUGAAAGACCACAAGGAAGAUGGUGUAUGAAGGCGUUCUACGGAAAGAUGUCCCAGUCCGAUGCCGAAGCAGAGUGCAACGCAGUCGGAGCAAAACUUUCAGGACUUCAAAACGCAAACGAAAGGAUGAAUAUUUCUUAUGUUCUUCGUGACUUGGUAUACAAGGAUGGUGGUGGAAAAUACACAGCUUGGCUCGGUGGGAAGAGAAAAGCUAGCUGCCCGACCGGCGCCUCUUGUGCCCGACUGAACAGUAUCGAGUGGACUGAUGGGCACACGACAGGCACUGAUGGAUUUUCAACUGGUACUCGGGAGCUCGACGGCACUUAUCUACAAAAAUUCCGGGGAGUUCAACAAUGUUUGCACAUGAUUGUCACUCCAUAUUCCGAUACCGAGCUUGGAUUCGCAGACUUCGUUCACGGUUCAGUGGAUGAUGAGUUUUGUACAGCAACAUGGGUUAAAGCAUACGUCUGUGGAAAGUUGCCGAGCUAA